AUGGCUACAACAUACCCCACAAAGGAGGACUUGACCAACUUUUAUAUUGGCAAAGACCUCGCCGAUGUCCCCAAACCAGCCGCGGUACUCGAUGUAGCUAUCAUCCGCCGACACUGUGAACGAAUGAAGCAAACAGUGAAACAACUUGGAGUUGCUUUCCGAGCUCAUGUCAAGACACACAAAACAAUCGAAGUCACGGAAAUGCAAGUGGACAAAACAAGCCCUACCGCCAAAUUCAUUACUUCUACAGUCCUCGAGAUUGAAACUUUGGUGCCUCUCUUGCAAGACUUGAAGAAAUCCCAGCAGAUCAACGUGCUCUACGGUAUCCCGCUGGUACCUUCACAUGUUACCCGCAUCGCGGAGCUAGCUAAACUGCUUGGCGAAGGAAGCAUCACUGUGAUGAUCGAUCAUCCAGAUCAAGUAUCGUACUUGAAGAAGUUUUUCGAGAUCGCAGGCUUCCCAGUCUGCGUCUUCAUUAAGGUCGAUACGGGCUAUCACCGUGCCGGUCUUCCGCCUAUCUCGCUGAACAAGAAUGGAUUACUCGAGAAACUAGCCGACGCGGAGAAAGAAGGCUAUGUCUCCUUGCUGGGACUCUACUCGCAUAGUAGUCUGAGUUACGGUGCAAAGACCGCCGCAGAGGCGAUGGGGUAUCUGAGCAGCGAGAUUCGGGGGUGCAAGGAUGCGUUGAGCCGGUGGAGACACCUUCUUCCCCAGGGGCGAGAACUGAUCAUUAGUGUUGGAGCUACGCCGCAGGUUGUUUCUUCGAAUAACCUUGUUCCGCAUGCUGAGGGCGUUUCUUCUUCGUCCGCCGAGGCCGAAGAGCUGAAGGCAUUGCUUCGGGAGGAGGAUGCGCAUGUCACAAUCGAGUUGCAUGCUGGCUGCUACCCCAUUCUCGAUAUGCAGCAGUUGUCGACGCAUGCAAGGGACGGUGCUGGGAGACUCGAGGAUGAAAUCGCGCUUUCGGUAGUUGCAGAAGUUUGCAGCGUUUAUAAUGAUGGGGAGCGGGAGAAGGCAGAGGCUCUUCUGGCGGCUGGAACUUUGGCGCUGGCGAGGGAGCCUUGUGCGAGUUAUCCCGGGUGGGGUGUGCUCUCCUCCUGGGGGCUGGGGGAGGAAGUGGAGACUUCACGAUUGAUUGUCGAUCGAAUCAGCCAGGAACACGGUAUUGUUGCUUGGCAAUCUGAGGAUAAGAAGAGCAUCCCGUUGAAGGUUGGGCAGAUUGCCAAGGUUUUCCCCAACCAUGCCUGCGUGACCGGUGCUUUUUACGGAUGGUAUUUUGUUGUGGAUUCCGAUCAUGAUGCGGGUGCUUCGAAAAUUGUGGAUAUUUGGGUUCGAGGUAGGGGAUCGGCUAUCACCGAUCCACUACUAGCACCAAGAUACCAAUAG